AAACACAGCCCGGAAACCACACCUCGACGGGCGUACCGGCAGCCUCGUCAGCAAGGCCCCAGGGCCCCGCAGCCCCACCCACGCAGACCACUGCGCCGAGCCACCAACUCAAACCCAGCCCUCGAAGGAAACGACAACCGAGUAAAUAAGGAAUCGGGGGAUAUCAACCCCGCUCCUCCAUGGGCACCACAUCCCAACGGGGGGACCCGCAGAGCGGACUCCAGGGGCACCGUAAACGAGCGGGAA